GAAGACGAUGGUGCCAUUUUCGUCGCCUUCGAAUCGAGAGCCUGAAGAGCGAGAAGUAAAGUCCGAGGAAUUUAGAUGGAGGGCUUACAGACAAAUUCCACCACUGCCACCGCUCCGGCCACUGCAGCCAGCCCUAAUUCGAGCGACGAUCCGAUAUUAUCAUCUGUACAGGUGUGGCCCACAAUAGAUGGCCCACUGGGUCUCUCCGAGGAGGAAUCAUUGAGCUAUGCUCGCAAAUUCUACAAGUUUGGAUAUGCGCUGUUGCCAUGGCUUUGGGCCGUCAAUUGCUUCUACUUCUGGCCUGUUCUCCGCCACUCUCGCUCCUUCCCUCGCAUACGCUCCUAUGUUGUUAGAUCAGCUGUGGGGUUCACUGUGUUUACAGCUCUUCUUUGCUCAUGGGCCUUGACAUUCGCCAUUGGAGGGGAGGGACUAUUUGGCCCUGUUUGGGAUAAACUUGUUAUGUACAACGUUGCAGACAGAUUGGGCUUGACGGGUUGGGUAUAGUCACGUGCUAUUUUGAAAUUAAAGGUCAUGUUAAUAUUCAUUCUCCUUAGAUUUCUUUUGUUUUUUGAUUGUUCGGUUUUGAACAAAAAUGAUCUUGUAUAUUCUGAUACUGAAAACUAUAUAAUAGUUAUCUAUCAACCCAAGAUGAGCAGAACACUUUAUGAUGAGGCUACUAGCAUUUUACUUUUA